AUGCUUUCCUCGCUUGCCAAGAACUUUGUCGGAACCUCGCGGGAAACCAGCGCAGAGAGAAACUCUCCACAAUCACGCCUCAGCCCACAUCCUCAAGCGAACACCAGAACCCUCCAGGUUUGCCCCUCACAUGUCACUCGGUUCAUUCAAAAGCUAAUUUUUGUCGAAGGCAGCAGACACAGCAGCAGCUGCAGCCCCGCUGCUGCUGCAUGUCCUGCUCUUGCCGACAGAUCUAGCCAGACUCGAAAGAGUUGUUCAACUUCUCCUGACUCUUCUGCUGCUGCCAGUUCCUCAGGAUCUCAGCAGCAGAACGAGCAGGAUGUGUCUGCUGUGUGCUUCCGGGAGCUGCUGCCAAGUGAGAGCAGCAAGCGCGGAGUGAACCCGCAGGCCCCCGCCGCAGCUGCUGCUGCAGCAGCUGCUGCAGCUGCUGCUGCAGCUGCUGCAGCAGCAGCGCAGGCCAGCCAGUUCUUCUCACUUGCUGGGGACCACGCGGACUCGCGGCAGGCCUUGUGUCUCCCUGCAGCUGAGGUUUUGGCCAUUCUUUCAGGAUCUCAGCAGCAGAACGAGCAGGAUGUGUCUGCUGUGUGCUUCCGGGAGCUGCUGCCAAGUGAGAGCAGCAAGCGCGGAGUGAACCCGCAGGCCCCCGCCGCAGCUGCUGCUGCAGCAGCUGCUGCAGCUGCUGCUGCAGCUGCUGCAGCAGCAGCGCAGGCCAGCCAGUUCUUCUCACUUGCUGGGGACCACGCGGACUCGCGGCAGGCCUUGUGUCUCCCUGCAGCUGAGGUUUUGGCCAUUCUUGACGGCGACGAGCCCCCCGAAAGUGCUGCUGCUGCUGCUGCUGCUGCAGAGGCCAGCGGGCUGCUGCAGCAGGGCAGUUCUGCUGCAGUGGAGGGGCUGAGUCCCGGCACUGCAGCAGACUGCAGCUCCCAGGGCCUGCACUUGAUCUCCGAGUUCUCCAACUUGACAAACAACUUGCCCGGCUCGCCGCAGCCCUCUGCAGAAGAAAUGGUGCGGCUGCUUCUCGCCGAAGUGCCCAUAGCUCCCGAGAAAGUGGCCCCGAGUGCUGCUGCUGCUGCUGCAGCGCGAAACACGAAAGAGCUGCUUCCCCAGAGUUCUGCACUCGCCUGCUGCCCGAAGGACUCUGCCGUUCUGCAAAGAGGCAGCGGACUGCAGAUCCCGCAGCAGCAGCAGCUUGCAGCAACUCCCCCCCAGGCUGCUGCAGCCCAGCCUCCACUAGAGACUUAG